ACAUAUGUACGUAGGUAACAGUGACCAACAAUAACAACAGAAAAAAUCCAAUAGCAAGAAGUUAAAUAAUUAUUUUUCCCACAACUAUUAACAGUUUCAGUUGAAUCAGGUGUUGAAAUCUUUUGUGGAACCAUAAUGGCAUCCAGGUUCAGUGGUGCCCUACAAAUAACGAGCCUGGAUGAUUUUAUAACACCAUCACAAGAAUGCAUAAAACCAAUUGAGGUUCUGAAAUCAACCAGCAAAACUGGAUCUAAAAUCAAAAUUCAGGAUGAUGGGGCUUAUGUGGAGCUCAAUGAGAGAGGAUCAGAAAAAUUACAGAAGGUGGAAAUUACCCUGGCGGAUUGUCUCGCCUGCUCUGGAUGUAUAACCACAGCCGAGAGUGUCCUAGUGACCCAACAGUCCCAGGAGGAGCUUCUCAGGGUCUUCCAGGAAAAUCAGGCCCUGAAAUCCCAGAAUGAGUCCCCAAAGCUCAUAGUAGUGAGUCUCUCAGUCCAGCCAGUCCUCUCCCUCUCUCAGAAAUACGACCUCACCCCCGAGGACACCACCAAACGACUCUCAGGGUACUUCAAAUCACUGGGUGCAGAUCUAGUCCUGGAGAUGUCGGCAGCUGAAGAUUUCGCGCUUCUGGAAGCUGCGAAGGAAUUUACCGAGCGAUUUAAGACCCAUCAGGAGGGGUCCAAGGGACAGAUUCCCAUGUUAGCAUCCUCAUGCCCAGGGUGGGUGUGUUAUGCUGAGAAGACUCAUGGCAAUUUUAUUCUGCCGUUCAUCAGUGUCACCAAGUCACCUCAACAGAUCAUGGGAUCUCUCGUCAAAAAUUAUCUUGCGGAGAGGAGGUCUCUCUCCCCGGAGAGGAUUUAUCACAUUACGUUGAUGCCCUGCUACGAUAAGAAGCUGGAGGCCUCGAGGGAAGAUUUUUAUGACAAAACGAAAGACACCAGAGACGUCGAUUGUGUGAUAACGAGCAUAGAGCUCGAGCAGAUGCUGGAGAAUCAGGGGAAGAGUCUGACUGAUGUAGCCCCUGCAGUCCUGGACAGACCCUUCGUCACCGAGGAACAAUCAGAAGUGGAUCUCUGGUCACACAGGGGCUCCGGCUCAGGCGGAUACGCGGACUUCAUCUUCGAAUAUGCGGCGAAGAAUCUUUUCCAGAUUUACGAUUCUAGACUAGAACUGAAGAGUCUGAGAAACCCGGACUUUCAGGAGGGUGUGCUGGAGAAAAAUGGUGAAGUCCUCCUCAGGUUUGCUGUGGCCAAUGGCUUCAGGAAUAUCCAGAAUCUAGUGCAGAAACUCAAGAGGAAUAAGUGCACUUAUCAUUAUGUGGAAGUGAUGGCUUGUCCUGCAGGAUGUCUCAAUGGUGGAGCCCAAAUUCGUCCCCAGGACGGCUCACAGCCGAGAGAAUUGGCGCAGAGGCUGGAGCAAAUAUAUCACGAACUUCCAGAGAGCAAACCCGAAGAUAAUAAAGUUGUUGAUAAUUUAUAUAAAUCGUGGUUGGGCUCUGGACAUACCGACAAAGCCUCAGCCUUCCUUCACACUCAGUACCACGAGAUCGAAAAGAUGAACAGUGCAUUGGCGAUGAAAUGGUGAUAUUAUUCUAUGUUAUUAAUUAAUAAAUAAUAAACAGAUGGCAAUAUAAUCUA